GUGCGUUUCAAGAACAAUCACUAGUAGUGACGUCUAUGGGCCUGCUCCUCUUUCUGCUUUUUAUGGUCCUAUAAACUUUUCGCUCUCCCAGCCUCUUUCCUUCUUUCUCUUCUCUUUUCUUUUUUUCUGUUACUACCCUCUUACUCAGCACUCGCAGAACACAUACAGCACCAGGCUUUUCCUUUACACCUCCACUCCAACCACAGCAACAACGACAGCUACAACCCCACCCCCCCCCUUUUAUUCAACUCGCAUUUCGUAGACCGACCAUGAUGUCGCAAUUAAAGCCUCCGCAAUUAGAGCUCAACAUGUCGCCAAACAACAAACACACAGCAGGAGCAACAGCGGCAGCAACAGCAACAGCAGCAGCAGCAUUUCAGAGCAGCGGACCUCCGUCGCCGUCGUUGUCAACAGCGUCGUUCAUGUCGUCCGUAUCAUGGAUGGCGGAGAAAUCAUCCACCGAGCUGAUCCCAAUGCUAAAAAAUGCAUAUUCUGCACUAAAAGAUAAGGAGAGAGAUUUAAUGCUGGCUGCUGAAAUUGGCAAGUCGUUAUUGGAGAAUAAUAUCCGGCUCAAGACAAGCUACGAAGAUCUCCUGCAACAGACCCAAAAGUCAUGCAGCCCAACAACAACAGCAGCUCCACUUCCAACACCGUCGUCAUCGUUACCCGUCGACAUCGACUCCGCCUUGGAGACAGGCAGCAGUGACGACGACGACGACGACGACUACUAUGACGACGACGACGGCGAAGAGGAAGAAAUGCGCUUCAUUCCAUCCCAUCGUACUCGCGAAGCCAUGAUCGAAGUUCUGGAACGCAAGAACGUCGAGCUGUCGAAACGCCUCGAAUCCGCCAUUGCAGAACGAGAAGACUCGUUGCGCAACAACACGAAAAAGACCCGCAAACUCGAAGCAGAGAUUGAGGCACUCAAGAGCAACCUAGAGAUUGCAACGGCAAAGAUCCAGGAACUGGAAGAAAUGAACCAGCGGCAGCACCGGCUGGAACGCAAAUCACAACAACAGCUCUUGCAAGCGGGCUUGCUCUUGCCAUAUGACCAACAAAUCACCGCCGACGAAAUGGAAGAAUUGCUUGGCAAGAUCGACACACUCGAGGUGGAAAACAAGACCGUCAGCGACUCCAAGACCGAACUCGAGACAAAGCUGGCAGAGACGCUCAAAGACCUGCGUCUGCUCAAGGAACAGUUUGAACAGUUUCAGUUUACGCAGGACGACUACGAGACAUUGCAAGAGGCAUACGAGCGCCAGUUUCGACAUAUCGCCGAAUUAAAUGAAAGCGUCGAAGAGCAUCGUGGCGUGCUGCAGAAGCUCAAGGACCGCGGCAUCAACAUUCAUUCCGCCCGCUCAACACCUGCCCCAAGCGUCUGCGGUGGUAGCAGCGUGAAAAGCCAGCCCACUGCGUUCCGCAAUACGCUUCUGGGGGAACUCGAAACGGAAUGGCUCAAGCGUAACAAUAGUACCACCACCCAAGCAACAGCACCGGCCAAUGGCAACAGCAAGGAACAUUUUCAUCUUAAUACCAGCAACAACAACGUCGGCAUGAGCUUAAACAACGUUUCACAGUUCACCGAAAAGGCGCUUGCAACGUUCUACAACGCACCCACCACCGAAACCGCUUUAGAGACGGUCUUGUCGAAAGCCAGCGGCAUUGAUAAGGACCUUUUAGACGAAGCGCUGAGCUUCAUUAGCCAUCUUGAGGACGAGCACGACAACGACAAGUGCCUUGAUCUGCACGAAUACGACAUCCACGACAACCUCCACUUUAGUGAUGAGGAAGAUGACCUGGACUACGACGACGAUGAUGGCGCCAUGUCGACGACAAUGACGAUGGAUCUGUUUGAUCAGCACAAGCAAGAGUACCCAGCCAUGGACCUGUAUCCCAAUCUGAACGGCACUGACCGUCACCCUUUCCAGGUGGCACGUGUGACCCAGCGGCCAAAGACUUUCUUGGGUCGCAUCCGUCGUAUCGUCCAUCACUUUUUCCGAGCAGUGUGGCGAUGGUGUCGGUUUGCCAUGAUUCUCACCACGGCUGUGCUCAUCAGCUUGUGGCGUGGACCCGAGGGUAUGCUGAUUGAAUAUCGUUAAAACAAAAGAAGAGAAUGUGUUGUCGUACAUCCCCCCCCCAACAUAUAUACGUCAACCACUACUACUACGACCACUACUACUACUUUUACCACCAGUGCCUGCACUGCAUGUAGAGCAUUUUUAUAUACAAACAAGAAUGAAAGAAUUCUCCCUCAUCCUCCUCCUUUCCUCUCUCCCACACACACACACACACACACACA